GAAGACACACCUCCCCGUUGUCAAUACUCUUUGUGCAGCAUUCGGCGGGAUGCAGUCAUGGGCCUGUGGGUGGGAGGGGGAUGUUAGGAAAAGGCGCAAGAACGCCUUCAUCCUCAAGGAUUUUUCGGUUCUCCUACUGGGCACAAACAGGUGACGACCGGCGCUCCCACGCCCUCCACCGCCGCCUGAUGGCGCCCGCCAACGGCUCAACGGCGCUCACGCAGAGGAACGAGACCAUCGUGGACAGCACGUCCGCGACCACCAUGGGCGCACUAAUCCUUAGCCUCGUCUUUCUCGUGGGCUUCCCCGGCAACCUCUUUGUCAUCUGGAGCAUCCUGGCCCGCGCCCGGAAGCAGACCAUUACCACCCUCCUCAUCCUCAACCUGGCCAUUGCUGACGGCUCGUUAAUGGCACUGACUCCGUUCUUCAUCGCCUACUUGAUAAUGAAGACGUGGGUGUUCGGGAAGGUGAUGUGCAAGGUGCUCUUCUACCUGUGCCUGGCCAACAUGUACGCCUCCAUCCACAUCAUCACCAUCAUGAGCCUCUACAGACUGCUGGCGAUAGUGCGGCCGCAGCGUGUCGCCGCCUUGGCCGGGCACAGGGUGGUAACGUGGACGCUGGCAGUCAUGUGGACACUGGUGGCCGCCGCCUCCAUCCCUGCUCUCAUCUUUCGCAAUGUGAGGUCGAAUGACGGCCGCGCCAUCUGCGACUCGUUUCAUGACGAGGAGAGUCACACGGUCAUCCAGUACAUGCUGGAGCUGGUCCUGGGCUUCCUGGUUCCUUACAGCAUCGUAGUGGUCAGCUACAUCUGCAUUUUGCGUCGCAUCCAAAGGAUCAAAUUCCGCCGGCACAUUCGCAGCGAGAAGCUCAUCCUGGCCAUCGUGGUGACCUUCUGCCUCUUCUGGCUGCCCUACCACGUUGUCAACAUGGUGCAGGUUACAUGGGCGCUAUGUCCCGAGGGGGAGGUCACAACAAUGUUGGGUAAAAUCUGGCAUCGGGGUAGAGCCGUCACCUCCUCAGUGGCUUUUAUCAGCAGCUGCGCCAACCCGGUGCUGUACUUCUUCGCCGGCAAGUCGUACAUCCGCCGAGAGGGUAUGGCUUUCAUGGCCCGCCUGUUCGAGGCGACCGGUCUGGACUCAGCCACCAGGAAGAGCCGUCAGAACAGCCAAAACAGUCGGGAUAAAGACAAAGAAUCGGAUGGCGUCAUGCUCAAGGAAAAAGGUCAGGACUCUAACUCGGGCUCUAAUGUCAAAGCCCCGAAGCUGCAGACGUGACGCUGCUGAUGGUGGUCUUGAACAACUCCUGUGUCCGUCUACACGAUGAACCUAUAAACUUUUGGAGGACAAAUAACAACACCAACUCUCCACGUCUGUCUUGUCCCGCUGUGGUUGUGUUGUUGUACGAAUGUGUUUGUGUGGCAAGCAAAGGUUUGAAUAAACCGGAACACAAGUGUUGCUGCAGCUGCACUACAACUAGGAAGUCAGUCAAUAAAUCAAUCCUCCAAUAGA